CACAGAUGGAAUUUGUAAUUUGCAGAGGGAGGGACAGGGUAAAGAAGGAGAGGGAAGUACAAUGGAAUAUCAGGAUUUGACUGCCUGCAUGGGGAAUUGAAAUACCAUCUGGUCCUCAUUUACACUGUCUCUAUCUCUCCCUCCCCGACUGCUCGCGUGGAAAAGAAGCAAGGAUAUCUCGCCACAUCUGUCCCACUUUCGACUUUUCAAAGUUUGAGGGCGGGGGAGGGGAAACAUUUUUUGUUUUGUUUACCUAAAGGAGUACAUUGCAAGAAGGGGGUCAGAGAAUCGAUUGUUCUUUAUUGAGGGGAAAAAAAAUAUUGACACCGACAUACUGAGCUGGAGUCUGGAAGUGACGAGACCAUUUGCUAAGUAACAGGGAAAGAAUGGCAUUCAUUAGAAAAAUUAAUCAGGGCUUGCUGUUCCUAGUCAUUCUAAUGUUUUGCUUGGUCCUUUACAACAAAUUUCACAAAAUGUCACCGUACAAAGAGGAAGCAGCUGAAGAACCUGAGUCUCCAACUGUCCACAGUACAGGCCAUACCAUGAAACAGAGCAAUGUUCCUGCUACUGAUGAUGUUUCCGCUCCCGAUGAUGUGAUCCCAAUUAUAAUCUGUGCUGCUGAAGACCGAUUGGGUGGAACAAUUGCAACAAUCAACAGCAUCUAUAGCAACACUAAUGCUGAUAUCAUUUUCUACAUAAUUACACUGAGAGACUCUCUCGUUCAUAUUAGCAAGUGGAUUGAAAACACAAAGCUGAAAGGCAUCCACUACAGAGUGAUGGAAUUCAAUGCUGCUGUGCUGCAGGGGAAAGUAAGACCAGACUCAGCAAGACCCGAGUUACUACAACCUCUCAACUUUGUCCGAUACUUCAUUCCAUAUCUUAUUCGUGAUCAUGAAAAGGUGAUAUACCUGGACGAUGAUGUUAUUAUACAAGGUGAUAUCCAGGAUUUGUACAACACUGUGCUGAAGCCUGGCCAUGCUGCUGCUUUCUCAACAGACUGUGAUCUGACCUCAACUCACGAGAUGGUCAGGAGUAUGGGAAUGCAGACCACGUAUAUGGGACAUUUGGAUUAUCGGAAGCCAACUGUCCGAGAUCUAGGGAUAAAUCCCACGACCUGUUCCUUUAAUGUUGGUGUGUUUGUUGCAAAUGUUACAGAAUGGAAACGACAGCGGAUUACUAAGCAAUUGGAAAAAUGGCUGGUGGCCAAUGUAGAGGAGAAUCUAUACAGCAGUGCACUAGCCGAAGGAGUAGUGACCCCUCCUAUGUUAAUAGUAUUUCACAACCAACAUUCCUUAUUGAACCCUUUAUGGCAUAUUCGACACCUCGGCUGGAGUCCUGAUGCCAGAUAUUCAGAACACUUCCUUUCUGAAGCUAAAUUACUACAUUGGAAUGGAAGGUAUAAACCCUGGGAUUAUCCCACGGCUCAUGUGGAAUUUUGGGAAAGAUGGUAUCUUCCUGAUCCAACAGGACAUUUUAGAUUGGCAACUAGUCCACAAAAGCACUUCAGGGAAGAGAAUUCAAGAAAUCUACCAAUGAACAACAUAAACAAAUCAGCAUUCUUCUCAGUGUAGCAGCAUCAUGAACACAUUUACAAGCAAACUAAUAGUUUAAGGCCAGGAUAAAUCUUCUAUUCCAGAAUAAAGUGUAAGAACUUGUUUUAAAAGUGCCACUGCAGUGAUAUUUUCUAAAAAAAAACUGAAUAACUUACUCCAAACAUUGCAGCAUAACCUCAAUCCAAAACCCAACUGCAAUCAAUAGUAAAGAUGCAACAACAGCUUCACAGAAUCCUUUAGAUUUGUUUUGAAUAGGUUUGUGGAAAAUUGUACUAAGUAUGAAGAUAUCAAAGUGUUCAUAAAACAAAAGGGCAGCUAGGUACACAAUACAAGAUUAAGACAUUCCUCUGAUGUUACUGCAUUAAGCUUGGUACUCCCUAACACUUCCAAACUGCAAAGAAACUAUGUAAGUCUCAUGUUAAAAGAUCACAAUUGUUACUUUUUCUCUCUGACGUAUGAAUUUGAAAAUAAAAGUUAAAGUCAUCUCA